CGACAUCAUUUGCAAAGGUUACGAAGUAGGCCUACAGCAGUUUCUGUGUUGUUGAACAUGAGAAAAUCUUUUUUCAAACGAGCAAAGGUAUUGCCUUGGAUAAGUAAUGUGACUCUGUACGGAUGCUUGUUCGCCGGCGGGGAUUUCGUGCAUCAGUGCGUGAUCGCGCGGAGAGAUCAGAUGGACUGGAGGCACACGAGGAACGUGGCGAUCGUUGCGCUGAGCUUUCAAGGGAACUUCAAUUACUUCUGGCUGCGAGCUUUAGAACAUCGUUUCCCGGGAAGAUCGGCCGGUAUGAUUUUCCGCAAACUGCUUUUGGACCAAACUUUUGCUUCACCUUUGGCGACCAGUGUCUUCUACACAGGUGUGAGUUUCUUGGAGGGCAAGGAGGACAUAUUUGCAGACUGGCGAGAAAAGUUUUUUAAUACAUAUAAGACUGGACUGAUGUACUGGCCAUUCAUGCAGUUUCUGAAUUUUGUUCUGAUGCCUCUGUACCUGAGGACAGCGUUUAUGGGCUGUUCAGCGUUCCUGUGGGCCACGUUCUUAUGUUUCUCACGACAGAGUGGGGACGGCACGGCAGCAGUGGCCUUAGCUUGGAUCAUGGCCCCCAAAAAACAGCUUCUAGCUCGCAGUACUGACGAGGGGAAAUAGAGACAUAAUGGCGCACAUGAACAACAUUGUGUUUUUGCGAAUGGACAGUUGAGUCCCACAAUGCAUUGGCGCUGUGUUGUGUUUAUAAAUAUUGUCGCUUAUAAUCUUAUUAAGAGUGAUAUUAAAUUUACAUAUUUGUGUACUUUAUAUUUAUGUUGAACAAGCCCAUUUUACUUUAUAUAGUUUUAUGUGACUCAGUGUAUUUAUUUAUUACUGAAGGGACAUUGUGUCUUUAUGAAUUUCAUGGGUUGUAGGGGCCUUGUGACAUUUGUGCCCCAGGUUAGGUUGCCAUUCAACCCAAAUACCUUUUAAAAAUGGUCAUACUGUGCAGUGUUUUAUCCAAAUGUUACUGUCUUUCUAAAGAUAAAUAAAGAUGCAUUCACUCAUACGGUUUACAUAACAUACACAUGUAUUCGUAAGGGAUGCAGUUUUAAAAAGAUUUGUAUCUUAUUAAACUUGUAAUAGAA